GUCUCCAGAUUGGUUCCGUUCUAUACCUCAACCAAUGAAUGCUUAUAUUCUAUUAUUGACUUGGGAGUGUAUUCAAAAGCAUUAUCUAUUAUUCGCUGAUGGGAUAAUUGAUUUUUAGCUCCACUCUGUCUGCAAAUAUUCAAUAUUCCACAAUGAAAACCAAUUACUCUAAUGGCCACUGAAGUCAGACGAAUGAUAACUAGGUCCCUGGUCAUUGGCCAUUUAAUCAGAUAAGUUUGGCCCCUGUUAGCCAUAUCCUAAAGCCGGGUGGUGUCGUGUCAGUGCCUUGUUGGCGAUGUCACCGAACACUUGGGUAAUAGAAAUGCCGACACAGAAAGCGCGUUUGCAUCCGUAUCCACGUCGGAUAUCGCCGUAUCGGACUCCCUCAGUGAAUAGGUAUGCCUUCAGUCAUGAGACGCCACCACCACCACCACCGCCGCCUCCAAGGACUCUGGAGCAUCCCGUCUUCGAGGACAUCAGAACGAUAAUGUCCGUGCUGAAGGCCAGUGGGCUAAUGCCAAUCUACGAGCAGCUCUCCAGCCACGAAGUGGGGCCACCCACCAAGACCAACGAGUUCUACUCGUUCUUUGUGCGGGGCGUGGUCCACGCCCUGACCAUCUUCAAUGUGUACAGCCUCUUCACGCCCAGCUCGGCGCAGCUCUUCUACUCCUACCGCGAGACGGACAAUGUGAAUCAGUGGAUCGAGCUGUUGCUCUGCAUCCUCACCUACACACUGACCGUGUUCGUGUGUGCGCGCAACACCAAGAACAUCCUGCGGAUCAUGAACGAGAUCCUUCAGCUGGACGAUGAAGUGCGCCGCCAGUUUGGGGCCAAUUUAAGCCAAAACUUUGGCUUCUCGGUGAAAUAUCUCUUCGGUAUUGCCGCCUGUCAGACGUACAUCAUUGUGCUGAAGAUCUAUGCGGUGGAUGGCGUAAUCACGCCCACAUCCUACGUACUACUGGCCUUCUAUGCCGUACAGAAUGGUCUGACAGCCACGUACAUUGUAUUUGCCUCGGCUCUGCUACGCAUCGUGUACAUUCGAUUCCACUUUAUAAAUCAGCUCCUGAAUGGAUACACCUAUGCCCAGCAGCAGCGGAAAAAGGGCGGCCAUAGACGACAGGCGGCAGGGGCUACACUCAUGGAGAACUUCCCCGAGGACUCGUUGUUCAUAUAUCGCAUGCACAACAAAUUGCUGCGCAUCUACAAGGGCAUCAACGACUGCUGCAACCUAAUUCUGGUCUCCUUUCUGGGCUACUCCUUCUACACGGUCACAACGAACUGCUACAAUCUGUUUGUCCAGAUCACAGCCAAGGGAAUGGUCUCAUCGAAUAUUCUUCAAUGGUGCUUUGCCUGGCUGUGCAUGCAUGUCUCCCUGCUGGCCUUGCUGUCUCGCAGUUGUGGUCUAACCACCAGAGAGGCCAAUGCCACAUCCCAAAUCCUAGCCAGGGUCUAUGCCAAGAGCAAGGAGUAUCAGAAUAUUAUUGAUAAAUUUCUAACCAAAAGCAUAAAGCAGGAAGUACAAUUCACGGCCUAUGGAUUCUUUGCCAUAGACAAUUCCACACUCUUCAAGAUCUUUUCGGCUGUGACCACUUAUUUGGUCAUCUUGAUACAGUUCAAACAGCUGGAGGACUCUAAAGUGGAGGACAACAUACAGGACCAGCAACAGACUUGAAUAUAAAUUAUACU